AUGCAACUGGCACAGGUCUUGACGGCUCUUAUUUUGGCCGCCCCUACCACUGCCACUCGUGUUUCGUACGACACUGGCUACGACGAUGCCUCUCGUCCUUUGGGUGACGUAUCGUGCUCCGACGGUGUCAAUGGCCUCAUAACAAGGUACCAUUGGCAGACUCAGGGGCAAGUGCCCAGUUUCCCAUAUAUUGGCGGCGUUCAAGGCAUCGAAUGGAACUCUACCAUGUGCGGUUCUUGCCACAGAUUGGACUACGGAGGCCGCAGCAUCCAUAUGCUAGCAAUCGACGCCGCUUAUGACGGCGGCUACAACGUUGCCUUGGAUGCUUUGAACAACCUCACUGACGGCCAUGCCGCCGAAUGGGGGCAUGUGGACGCUGUGGCUACGCAGGUUUCUGUGCAGGAGUGUGGGUUGUCCACCGUGUCCUGA